CUUCAUUUUCAUAACCCAACUUAAUCACUACUUGAGAUAUGGGUUCCAAAUCUGUAGCCACCACUGCUCUUCUUCUCUUAUUCAAUCUCCUCUUCUUUACGCUGGUCAGCUCUACCAGCUGCCCACCUCCACCACCCAAGCCUAAAGACUGUUCAUGUCAUGAUCAUUCGCCACCCCCACCAAAAUCCCCUACCCACAAAUCUCCACCACCGCCAAAAUCCCCUACCCACAAAUCUCCACCACCACCAAAAGCUCCUAGCCAUAAAUCUCCACCACCGCCAUCACCAAAAGCCCCACCACCACCUCGUGUAGCAUCACCACCACCACCGACACCUCACCCUAGCUACCCAUCUCCACCACCGCCAUCUCCUCCCCCGCCAACGCCACACCCUAGCUACCCAUCUCCACCGCCACCAUCUCCAUCCCCACCGCCACCAUCUCCACCACCACCGUCACCUCACCCUAGCUAUCCAUCUCCACCGCCACCUUCUCCACCCCCACCAUCACCUCCCCAUAGCUACCCAUCUCCACCACCACCCUCUCCACCCCCACCAACACCUCACCCAAGCUACCCAUCUCCAUCGCCGCCAUCACCAAAACCAUACCCACCACCACCCCAAUCACCAAGCCCAACUAAAUGCCCAAAGGAUACCCUAAAGCUCGGUGUUUGUGUGGAUUUGCUGAAAGGUUUGUUGGGUAUAGUAAUUGGUCAGCCACCGACGACACCUUGCUGCAGUCUCAUCGGCGAUCUUGUUGAUCUUGAAGCUGCCGUCUGCCUUUGCACUACCAUUAAAGCCAGUCUCUUAGGCAUCAUUAACUUAAACCUUCCUAUCAAUGUUAGUUUAUUGCUAAACCAUUGUGGCAAGAAGCUUCCUCAAGGAUUCCAGUGCCCAUAAAUUUACUACAAUAAGUACCGUUAAUUUGUUUUCUGUCAUUUUUACUUCUUCUUGCAUGUAUUUGGGAUGCUGAGAUGGCAGUUGAUAUAUAACCAUCAUAUGUAAUAAUAAAAUCAAUAAUACUUUUAUGUCUUUCUUGCAA